CUCGAACAUCACGACAUCUCCUACACCACAAUCAUCCUACGUGGGCAUUCCGAUUCGCCUAGAGAUCGUCGAUUGAUCGGAGCGGAGCCUCUUUAGUACGUGUAUAUUGUGGUCGUGACAACUUGGGGCCCUGUAGGGGGCCGACGUCACAUAACGGAGGACCUCUCAUCGUCAUCACAUCGCCCCGGAGCAGACUUUCGGUCUUUAUUGUCAACACGUAACCACCGUCGUCGUCGUCGAUCCCUAUGUUGCCCUUCCGCACGCUGUUGCCGCGUCCGUCCGCGGCUGCCAGCUAUGGGCGGACAUUUUCUUUCGCAUCGCCACGCUACAUCCCGCUUUCACAUCGACCACCAUCCACCAAAUGUCCAUGCACAUGCGCUCCAUCCUUCCCUCGGCCUCCUACCCCUGCCGUCGUCGUCCACCUUCACGUCCUCCGCCGAAGAUUCUCCCACACAACGACCACUCGGCUAUACAUCCACAAACAUGACCUGGAGGAACAGCUCCGCAAGGCCCGCCCCCUCGUGACGACCACCACCAUCCGCCGCACGGCCCGGAGUCCUCGCACCAAGACGGUAGCCAUCGUCGCCGUGGCCGCCGCCGUCCUCUUCUACUUUAGCAACAUCCAAACCGUGCCCGUGUCGGGCCGCCGCCGCUUCAACUGCUUCUCGGACGAAGCCGUCGCCGCCCUGAGCGCCGAGCAGGUCCGCCGCAUCGAGUACGAGGUGGAACGCGCGGGGGGCCGCUUCCUCCCCGACUGGGACCCUCGCGUCCGUCUCGUCAAGCGCGUCAUGCAGCGUCUCAUCCCGGCCUCGGGGGGUGGCGAGCUCCCCACCGACGCGCAGGGCGACACCGUGUGGGGAGACGAGGGCGGAGGCGGCGGCGGCGGCGGCGGAGGCGGCAGGGGUACGAAGAGCAGCAAGAGCGAGGUCGACUGGGAGGUCCGGGUGAUCGACGACCCGCACACCAUGAACGCGUUCGUGCUCCCCGGCGGGAAAGUGUUCGUGCACAGCGGCAUCCUGCGGGCGACGCGGAGCGAGGCGGGCCUGGCGGCGGUGCUGGGCCACGAGAUGGCGCACAACAUGGCGUCGCACGUCGGCGAGCGCAUGAGCGGCGCCAUCGGCAUCAACAUCGUCCUCUACAGCCUGUACUUCCUCGCCUACAUGGUCCCCGGCGGCAUGCUCCUCGUCCACAGCCUGGGCGGCGGUCUGAUGGACGUCCUCUUCUCCAUGCCCAUGAGCCGCAUGCAGGAGACCGAGGCCGACUACAUCGGGCUCAUGAUCAUGGCCGACGCCUGUUACGACCCGCGCGAGGCCGUCGGCUUCUGGCGCCGCAUGGAGGCCGCCGCGAGGAACCGCGGCGAGGAUGUGCCUGAGCUGCUGAGCACCCACCCGUCCAACCAGCGCCGCAUCGAGAAGGUCGAGUCGUGGCUGCCCGAGGCCAUGGAGAAGUGGCGUGCCAGCGACUGCUAUGCCACCACGUCUUCUUUUGCCGAUUCCUUCCGCCAGGCUAUGGCGAGGGGUAUUGUCAUGAUGUGAGGACCUUCGAAAAGGGUCUGGACUCUCUGGGCCAUGUGAAGAUAAAAGGAGCAGAAGGGGGUCUGACGUCUAGAGGAGAAACAUGUGA